AUGUAUCAUGUCCACGGUCCUACUCUGGAAAUGAUGAUGCAUACAAUGGACUCCGGACUAGGAUACCCCUCUUCUGAGGCUGGAGGUAGAGGGCACAAAAGCAUAGGUCAAGCCCCAUCUGGCUUUUCGUUGCCCAUUUUCCAUAUUAUUGAGCUGAUUUGUCUCCCUUGCAUACCCUCUCACCUGCGAACAUCGGAUACCAUCUCGAUUCGACCGAACCACCAGCUGGCCGAUUGUCUGAACCGACUGCAGGACUCCCUCGACGAACUGCAAGUAACGGAGUCGCGGGUGGCCGACCACGAAGACUGGCUGCGCUGUCUGGAGGCCAGUCUACAGAAGCGGCUGGCUGCUCAUCUGGUCGCCGAAGACUGCGACGCUCGCGAGUUCGCCGAAUGGCGUGACCGGCUCGCUCGGGUCAGACAGUUCGAAGGUAAUGUCGGUCAAAUGGCCGACAUGAAGCUGGCCGAGGGGCGUGAUGAAGAGGCUGAAAAACUGAGUCAAUUUCGGAACCGAAUUGAGGUGCGUUAUCGGGCCUUGAAUGUGGGUUUUUGA